AUGCAGAGCCUACCUUCCUACAGGCUGGCCGCAGCAGGCCUCCGUGCGGUCCGGGCAAAGCCCGCAGCACAGUCAUCACCAUUUCUCCAGUCCGUGCUUGCGGGCAGUCGGUCGUUCCAUGGCAGUAGGUGGCUGAAGGAAGAGAAGAAGGAGGAGAAAGCAAAGACUCCUGACUUCGUGAACAGCCUUCAAGGAAGCACGUAUGCGCGGCUACAGCGCGAGCGCGCCAAUGAGUCAAGGUAUAUUCGGGAGAGGGAGGUCAGGUCGACCAGCUGGGUGCCCAACUCUAUUAUGCUGAGCAUUGCAUUGUUGGCCACAGCAUUUGCGGCCUACAGCUUUGGCAAACGAGUCCCGCGGCCGCUUCCCUCCACCUCCACCACGACCCUCAAGGAUGCACAACCUCCGCAGCAUGACACACGUACGACCACACUGCAGGCCGCAUGGGUUGACUUUGCUCUUAUUGUCGGCAAGGAAAACGUCAGCUCCGCAAAAGAAGAUCUUGAGACUCAUGCCGGUUCGGAAUGGAGCUCAUAUUCGCGCAAGGAACACGAGGUGCCUUUUUGCGUGGUAUAUCCUGGCACGACCGAGGAGGUCAGCAAGAUCAUGAAAGUAUGCCACCAAAGGAAGGUUCCCGUCACAGCGCUGUCAGGCGGCACCAGCUUGGAAGGCCACUUCGCGCCGACGAGGGGCGGUGUCUGUAUCGACCUGGCCCGUAUGGACAAGAUUCUCGACUUUCAUCCGGAAGAUCUAGACAUCAUUGUGCAACCUGCGCUCGGCUGGGAACACCUCAACGACGAACUACAUGAACACGGUCUCUUUUUCCCGCCUGACCCAGGCCCAGGCGCCAAGAUCGGUGGCAUGGUGGGCACUGGAUGCUCCGGCACCAACGCGUAUCGAUAUGGCACGAUGAGAGACUGGGUCGUCAGUCUGACUGUUGUUCUCGCGGACGGAACCGUUGUCAAGACCCGCCGUCGCCCACGGAAGUCCAGUGCUGGCUACAAUCUUACGCAAAUGUUCAUUGGAAGCGAGGGUACGCUUGGUAUAGUCACGGAAGCUACACUCAAAGUCACGACUCUCCCCAAGUCUACGAGCGUCGCAGUCGCAACAUUCCCUUCCAUCCACGCCGCAGCCGAGUGUGUUGCCAAGGUUGUCAAAGAAGGCAUUCAGCUCGCGGGCAUGGAGAUUUUGGAUGAUGUACAGAUGAAGUGCAUCAACAAGGCUGGUACCACAUCUCGCUCAUGGACCGAAGCGCCCAGCCUGUUCUUCAAAUUUGCGGGCACAAAGGAGGGUGUCAAGGAGCAGAUUGCCAUUGUACGGAAAUUGGCCAACAGCAAGACAUUCGAAUUUGCCAAGGACGACGAUGAGGCGGCGGAGCUGUGGUCCGCUCGCAAGGAGGCAUUGUGGUCUGUCAUGGCUCUGAGAAGGGAUAGCAGCGACCAUGUCUGGACAACGGAUGUUGCGGUGCCUAUCAGCCAGCUGGCAGACAUCAUCCAGGAGACGCGUGACGAUGUCGAGAAGAGCGGAUUGGUCGGUGGAAUUGUGGGACACGUGGGCGACGGCAACUUCCACACUAUUCUGCUGUACAACGAUGCCGAGAAAGAAACAGCUGGUCAGGUGGUGCACAGGAUGGUCCAGCGGGCGAUCGACAUGGAAGGCACAAUAACGGGCGAGCACGGCGUAGGAUUGAAGAAGAGGGAGAGCCUGAGAGAGGAGCUCGGCGAGGACACGGUUGAUGCCAUGAGGAAGUUGAAGCAGGCGUUCGAUCCGCUGGGCAUCCUAAAUGCGGACAAGAUUGUGCAGCUCGAGAAAGGCCAUUGA